CUGAGCUCUAGUUUUGGACAUGUCCAUUUCCCAUACAUAUCAUGCCUUCUAAACCUCCUAACUCCAACAUAUAUAUGAACUCCAACAGCUUUCUGAUUUUCAAUCAUAACUCCAACAUCUAUCUAUAUAUCAACUUGUAAUAUUCUAAAUAAACCAAUUUUGUUUACCUCCCAACUUUUCUCACAUCUCAGGUCUCAACCCUCUUAAAUACUUAAUUAGCAAGCCACCUCCUAAUGGAAACCAAUCCCAAACUAACCAGCCAAACCUCUGAUCCAAGAACUACCAACAUCAACAAUGCUCACCCAAUACCCCGAAGCCUAAUUUCCUCAUCACACCUCAACAAAAAACACCAUCAGCAACAUAUUAUUUCAUACAAAGAAUGCCUCAAGAACCAUGCAGUCUCCAUAGGCGGCCAUGCCUUGGAUGGCUGCGGAGAAUUCAUGCCUUCCACUCACCCCAACUCACUAAAAUGCGCUGCAUGUGGCUGCCACCGCAAUUUCCAUCGCCGAGAAGCCGAUGAACCUGACUCCCCCACCCCACAUUUCCUCACCUUCAGGCUGAUCAGCACCUUGGCGCCAGAUGAGCAUAAACAUAGGCACCAUGCCGCGGAGAAUGCGAGCUCAAGGAAGAGGUUGAGGACUAGGUUUAGUCGAGAACAGAAGGAGAGGAUGCGUGUUUUUGCGGAGAAGCUGGGGUGGAGAAUGCACAAGAGUGAUGAAGUAAGUGUUGAAGAGUUCUGCAAAGAGAUUGGAGUUGGUAAAAGUGUACUCAAGGUUUGGAUGCAUAAUAACAAAACAACUCUUGGGAAAAGAGAUGAUUCUAGCAACAAUGUUGCUGCGAGAGAUGGUAAUAUUGGUGGUGGUGAAGAGAAUGAGAUUAGCACUCAGCAUCAUCUAUGA